AUGAACAACAUAUUUCAAUUAUUUAUGAUGAUCUCUCCAAACAAGCAUAGGUUUUUCACCAAAUGUCUCUUUUAUUAUGCAAACCGCUGGGGAGAAGCUUAUCCAGGAGGUGUUUUCUAUUUGCAAUCACACCUUUUGGAAAGAGCCGCUAAAUCAAGUUCUUAGUUAGGUGAAGGAAGUAUGACUGCUUUAUCAAUAGUUGAGACCCAAUCGGAAGAUUUUUUUACUUAUAUUCCUACUGAUGUAAUUUCCAUUACAUAUGGACAAAUAUUUUUAUCUGCCGAUCUAUUUAAUGUGGGUAUUUCUGUUUCCAGAGUAGGGUCCACAGCUCAAAUUAAAGCCAUGAAACAAGUAGCUGGCAAAUCCAAAUUAGAAUUGGUGCAAUUCGCAGAAUUAGAAGCCUUUGCACAAUUCGCUUCUGAUCUUGAUAAAGCUACUCAGAAUCAAUUGGCAAGAGGUCAAUGAUUACAUGAGUUGCUCAAACAAUCUGAAUCAGCCCCUCUCGCAGUGGAAGAAUAGAUAAUGACUAUUUAUACUGGAACCAAUGGUUAUCUUGAUUCAUUAGAAAUUGGACAGGUAAGGAAAUUUCUAGUUGAUUUACAUACUUACUUAAAAACGAAUAAACCGCGGUACCAAGAAAUCAUAUCUUCUACCAAGACAUUUAGCAAGGAAGCAGAAGCCCUUUUGAAAGAAGCUAUUUAG